UGGGUUAGCAUUUAUCAUAUUUCUCUUUCUCCUAAUUUCCUAAUUUUCUCUGCAAAAUUUCAAAUCUUUCUUGUUUUGAUUUCAGUUACAGGUCAAAUUUAUCUACCACUUCGGAAAAUUCCAGAGAUUUUUCAAUAAAAUAAUAUAUAUACUUUUACAUGGUUUGAUCCAUCUAUGUAAUUAACUUGUCUUAAUCUUAGUUUCUAAUGGGAUCCCCAUUAAAUAAUUUGGAUCCCAGUUCACGAUCUUAACGGUUUAUCUUAACAGUUUACUGCAUAGCGUAUAUACCAUUCGAUCACAUUGUUGAUUUCUAUUGUUUUUUGUUUUGUUUUAAUAAGAAUCUGGUGGAAAUUAGUAUCAGCACCAUUUGCAGAAAAUUUUCGUAAAUGGAUAGAUUCAGGCAAAUCGGAGAAGUACUUGGAAGUUUGAAGGCAUUGAUGGUCUUUCGCGACAACAUUAAAAUCAAUCAGAGACAAUGCUGCUUAUUGCUAGAUAUAUUCAAUUCUGCGUACGAUUCAAUUGCAGAAGGGAUGAAGCAGAAUCUGAGAUUCGAAGAGAAGAACACGAAAUGGAGAAUACUAGAACAACCAUUAAAAGAAAUUCAUAGAAUCUUUAAAGACGGAGAAUACUACAUCAGGCAAUGCUUGGAAACGAAGGAUUUGUGGGCAAAAGCUAUUUUACUCUAUCAGAAUACAGAUUGCGUCGAGUUUCAUAUUCAUAAUUUACUUACCUGUAUCCCAGUUGUGAUCGAAGCAAUCGAAACUGCCGGAGAAUUUUCAGGUUGGGAUCAAGACGAGAUACAGAAGAAACGGCUUGUAUGUUCAAUCAAGUAUAAAAAACAAUGGAAUGACCCUCAGCUAUUUCAAUGGAAGUUUUCAAAGCAAUAUCUCAUUACGCAGGACUUUUGCGAUAGAUUCGACACGGUCUGGAAAGAAGAUAGAUGGAUUCUUCUUAAUAAAAUUCGAGAAAAGAAGAUUUCAUGCUCCACAAAGCACGAGAGACAAUUAAAAGAUCUUCUGUUAAAGAAUUUGGAAGAAUCAGAAACUUCAAAGGGGAAGUUAUUACCAACUUCAGUUCUAGUCGGGUCGAAAGAUUAUCAAGUAAGACGACGACUCGGGAGUGGAAGUCAGUACAAGGAAAUUCUUUGGCUAGGCGAAAGCCUUUCUGUAAGACAUUUUUUUGGUGAUAUCGAACCACUUGUUCCCGAAAUUUCUUCACUAUUGUGUCUUUCACAUCCAAAUAUAUCUCACUUUCUAUGUGGGUUCACUGAUGAAGAAAAUAAAGAAUGCUUUCUAGUUAUGGAACUUAUGAGUAAAGACAUGUGUAGUUAUAUCAAAGAAAUAUGCAGUCCCAGAAAGAAAACUAUUCCAUUCUCUCUUCCUAUUGCAAUUGACAUUAUGCUACAAAUUGCUAGAGGAAUGGAAUAUCUCCACUCUAAAAAAAUCUAUCACGGUGAUCUAAAUCCCUGUAACGUUCUUUUUAAACCGAGAAGUAUGAACGCAGAAGGAUACCUGCAUGCAAAAGUUUCAGGGUUCGGGCUGUCAUCAGUUAACAAGAACUCUUCGAAUCCGGAUUCAUUCAUUUGGUAUGCGCCGGAAGUUUUAGAAGAGCAAGAGCAGACAGGAAGUAGCCAGAAUUCAAAAUUUACAGAAAAAUCUGAUGUGUAUAGCUUUGGAAUGGUUUCUUUUGAAACUUUGACAGGGAAAGUUCCAUUUGAAGAUGGCCAUCUUCAGGGAGAUAAAAUAAGCCGAAACAUUCGAGCCGGAGAAAGGCCGUUGUUUCCGCUCAAUACACCUAAAUAUGUAACUAACUUGACUAAGAGAUGUUGGCAAACUGACCCGAAUCAACGCCCGAGCUUCUCAUCGAUCUGUAGGAUUCUUCGGUACAUGAAAAGGUUUCUGGCGUUGAAUCCUGAUUACAGUAGAGAGCUAGACCCGCUGAUUCCGGCAGUAGACUAUGGAGAAAUGGACUCAAACCUUGUAAGGAAAUUCCCACAUUGGGAUUCACCAGAAAUAACACAAAUUCCAUUUCAGAUGUUUGUUUGUGGAGUUGUGGAGAAAGAAAAAACAAGAGCAAAUCAGAAAGAAACUUCAGAAUCAGGAAGCGAUAAAGCUUCAGGCAGUGGAGAUGAAAAUAUCAACAUGAUCGAUGAUCCGAUCCCGUCACUCGCAUUACCAUCACCCACUAGAAGAAGGUUUUCAAUAUCACCUGACACUCUGAGCAAAAAACCUUCAUUAUCAAGGAAAUCAUCAGAUGUGGCCAGAUCAAGUAGACAACCAGGGAUGCUCAAUGGACGGUCGAGACCUCCACAACUGGCCUCUUUUGGGCGCAGUUUUAGAAUGAAUUCCGAAAGCCAGCUAACAAUGAUGGUUAGUCCAAGACUUAGGAGAACAUCUUCUGGUCAUGCAUCAGAUUCUGAUCUUCCAUAGAUCUCACUGAUAACUCAUAAAUUUAACCUUUGUAAUCGACUUGGAUAAGCUCUGGACGAAAAAAUGGAGAAAUGUAAAGCAGGAUCAUGUCUUUCAACAGUUACUAGAUG